CGCCCAAGCUGACAUUCUUCAAGACUGCCACGUUGUUUUCCAUUCUUUCACCAGUGAUCACGACUUGAGAUAGCCGUUGAGAGAAAUGUCAGCUCCAAGCUCGAGCGACUGAAACGUUCGAGUCUCGGCUGUUGGUCGCACAAGUAAUCGUGCGAACUGUUCUCGAGUAUAGACAGGCACGACCGUUGAGUGCCCUUCCCUUAUUCACCUGUUACUUGCAUGAUGUGCAUGAGGCCACGAGGGCGCCGUCUAUUUUCUUCCGACCUCCGCCCGCCGCGCGAACCCCGCCUUUGGAACGACUACCUUAGUCGCACCUUCGUAUGCGGAUGCAGGUCGGGUCAGGCACUUUGUUGUCAAGUCUCAAUGUUGCUGGCGCCGUGGCUAUUGGAUGCUGGCUCUGAGGCUUCGAUUUUGCGCUUCACGUUAUGUUGUCGCUCGACGACGAGACGUCUGGUAGAUCUCGAGUUGUCGAACAUGUCAGUUACAUGCAGGGAACCGACCCCUCGAACGGAAGGCCGCAUCGACGUAGACGAGUCAUUUCCUUCUCAAAAAGGUGACGUGCAGCAAAGGUGUCAAAAAGCUUGGGCGCUGUCAAAUCAAAAGUGGAUCUUCAGAGCCCGGGAGAACGACAUCGCCCUAAAUUAGGGGCUCAUCAAGAAUUUCGUCCUCCUCAUCAAACAAACUCUUUUUCUAAGAAUCAUCUCACGUUCUGCAUGCAUGAAGUUAGCCGGCUUGUUGCUCUCGGUUGCGCCGUCAGCAAGAAACCUGAGCAUGCAGAGAAGAUCGAGACUUCCACGUUACACGAAACUGCAUUCU